AUGUUUCCCAACAUGUUUCCCCCGCCGCCGUCGGCCCAGGUCGACUGGGACUCGCACAACAGCACCCGACACGUCGAGGUCGACGGCCAUAUCGAAGCACGAUAUGAUACGUCCAGGGGCCAGUGGGCCGAGCCCAGGCUGGUGAGCAGCGGCAACACGGCCGCCACCGCCGGCCAGCACUGCAGCGAGACCAUGGUGGCGCUCCGCCACGUUACGCCCUGGGGUGACAAGCUCGUCGUCUUCCGCCCCGACUUCCACGCCGCCCGCAUGGCCCAGUCCGCCGCGGCCUCGACAGGCCUUCCACCACCGCCGCUGGGGCUGUUCACCGAGUGCGUCCGCCGCGCCGUGGCCGCCAACGCCGAGUUCGUGCCGCCCGCCGAGUCCGAGGGCAUGCUGUCCAUCCGCGCCGUCCUCGCCGGCGCCUCGGCCGAGGACGCGGUGCUUUCGGUCCACUUGCAACCGGCCGUGCACAGCUUCGAUGCCGCACCCCAGGACGCCUUGCUGUCCGAGAGCGACGGCGUCGUCAGGCUGCAGCUCUGCGAGGCCGCCGCCGCCGCCGCCGCCCCUUACUCGGACGACCGCCCCGCCCACGAGCUCCUUGGUCUGCGCCCGGACAACACGCUGGUCAUGGCCGAGUCGGCGGCUGCCCACCCCGUUGCGAGCGCACUCGCGCGCCUGGCCGAGCGGGGCGGCUUCCGCGUGGAGCGCUGCCCCGCCGCCGAACUAGCAUUGGCACUCCCUUUGCUGGCCGAGGCGGUUGCGGUGGGCGACGACAGCGUCGUACCGGUGCGGAGAGUCGACGGCGCCGCGCUCCCGGACGCGGAUGCGACGGGCCUGAUGGGGGUCGCGCAGCACUUGCUGGGAGUGGUGCGCGGGGUGCGCGGCGAUAGCGAGGGCUGGUGCGCCGAGGUGAGGCCGACGGAUGGCGAGGUGGCGGCGCUGGUGGAAAAGGAGGAGGAGCGAUUGGCGGCGCCGGCUGGGCCGCUGCUGGGCGGGCUCUGGGCGCCUGGGCCUGGGCCGUGUGUGGCGAGGGAGUGUUAG